GAACUAUGUGGUUUUGAAUCAGACGUAGACCAUUAGUACUACUAUUUGAGCUAAACUUCUGCAUGGUUCAUAAUUUUUAAAGUGUGUAGUUAAUAUUAUGCAUGUUAUUGUCCUCUUUCUUCCAUUCUUACAAGUACUGUGCCCAUUUGCAAAACAAAAAGCUAAUAAUCAGUAAUAGUCCUAUAAAAGAUGUUAACUAUGUUUAGUCAUUGACUGAUCUUGCUCUAACCUUAAAAUUUUGUGAUUAUUGACCUCUGUUGCAUUUAUUCUAAAACUUUAAAAAAAAAAAAAAUUAUCUAGCCGUUUUGAAUAUCAACGUUACCCUGGUGUACUCAUUGCUGUAUGCAUUAUUGUUCUCUGUUGCUGUUUUAUGCCUUCAUAUUAGCAAAUAUGAAAUUCUGUGAAAAACAAAAAAAAAAAAAAGCUUUAAUCUUCAAAAAAAAAAAAGUACCCCCCUUCUGUAGCAGGAAACAAAUGGCUUGUUCUUGAGAACUUUCCCAUCAAGAAUUUAGUAUAAGCAAAUAUACCUGUAUCAUUUUGAUGUUUUUGUUAGUGUUUCCAAACUUAAUGUACUUCAAAAUCAGAAUCAUUUCUUUAUAUUCGUUUUCAUAUAAUUCUCCUGAUGCUCUUCAUCACACAUUAGUGAUCAGAAAUGAGGUGUAAUUCCCCAUUCCCUGCCCGCAAGAGCUAAGUAGGUAUCUUAAUGUAAGUUGAAGGGAGUUCUGCCCCAACUCAUGGAUUGUGCAAGAAUGAACUACUGUUGGGUUUGAUUGGUUGUAGAUGGAUUGUGGUGUGGUGUAUUUGAAGGCUAUUGAAUGCAACUUACAGUGCUUAAUAAAAAUCUUUAUUCUUUUAGUAUAAAAUACUGUAUGCCUUUUUUGUCGAAUAUUUUUUUAAGCACGUGCUGUAAAUAAAAGGUUUUCCUAUGCCCAAAUAAAGCGACUGAGUUAGCAGACCACGUCCGUGCUGUCCUCCUGAGAGCCACAGACGGAGAGCAGCGCCGGGCCUUCGCGUGCUGCCUGUGCUGGGGAGCGGCACACCCGGUCACUGCAACACCCCAUCCUCAUCUCAUACCGCUGUUCCACGCGGCCGCUCUGAAGUGCAGCAUAGCUGAUACGAUGGAAGUAUUCCUUGGCAAUGCCACGGGCAGUGAGGUUAAAAAGGAAAAGAGCGUGCCCCCACAUGUUUGCAGUGGUGCCUCAGGGUCGUGUGUGAGAUAGCAGAUGAUCAGCGCUGCUCCUCGUAGCUGAGAGCAAAUGAUGCUGUUACGUGAGAGCUUUCUCUACAUAACGGAUCGCACUGACAUAACACGAGGAGUUAUUCAUUUAUACUCGGUUGAUAUCAGGAUAGCUUUUCUGUCUAGGCCCGCCCUUAUUGUCUGCUGUCUCUAUCUAAAUGUUCAUCUGCUUACUCUAGUGCCUGACACACGUUGUUAAAAGCAGCCUUGCCCUGAGCGUUUUUGAUCUCGUGUUGUGUCUACAUGAGCAGUAUUAGCAUCUCUGUGCUUCGUGUGGAUGCAGUUUAUAGCAGUGCAGCUGCGUUCUGUGCAAAUCACAGCGAUCGUUCUUCAUCCCUCCCUUCAGAAGCAAAGUGAGCUGCAGGGGAGCGGUUUUCCUGGUGUAGCAGCGCCGUGCUGGGGAUCGUGUUGCCUAAAUUCUUGGGAUCGUGUCCCUUCCUACCUGUGCGCUAUUCCACGUUGUGUUAUUCUUCACUGGUCUGUUGUGGAGGUGUAGCCAAGCUCAUGUUCCAGUGAAGUUCCAAAGCAUCACUUACCUCCUUCUGUAGUAGCACAGGAUGUGUUCCACUGCUGCAGCACAAUCCAGGCGGUGCCGUGCAGUGACAUCCAUGAAAAUAAAUCCUGGCUGGUGUUAAGUGCAUGGGAGGUGUCACCUGUGUGCCAUGUGCUGGAGAUACAGUCACUUCAUUCAUUUCCAUCGCGUAACCAAGCCACCAAACUUCUGCACGUGCAGCCGGAGGGUGACAAGCUGUCCACACAAGCAUGGUUAAAGUUAAGAUGUGAAGCUACGCCAAAGUGAGCCAGAUCAUUGCCCCAGAUGUAAAAAAAACACACUGACUUCUUCCAGAAUUGGUGGUGAAAGUUUGACUUGUGUUACACUUGUGCACAUCGCCUGGGUCUCUUCCUUGCUUUGUGUCCUGUUGAAGUGCCUGGCUCCUGGCAGCAGGGCUGCUGGACACUGGGCAGGGAGAAUAACGAGCUCUUGGCAGCUUGGAGGUACUUGGGGAGCCUGCGGGUACCAGCGCUCCCCGGUGCCCUGACUGAGAACGUGGGUAUCAAAUCCAGAACCAGCACAAUUUUUGCUCCUUGCAAUUGAGGCAGCUGAGCUGUGUAUAGCUGGUGGUUCUCUCUUCUCUGCAUUCAUUUCUGCUGCCGGUUGUGCAGGGAUGGCGCAGCACUGAGGUGCAGUGUGCCUGUUGGGCGCCAGCAAAGGGUUCUCACAAAACACUGGUUCUGCCCUAAGAUUUCCUAUUAAUGACCCUGAGAAAUGUCAUAGAAUCGUUUGAGUUGGAAGGGACCCAUACAGGCCAUCUGGUCCAACUCCCCUGCAAUGAACGGGGACACCUAUAGCUCCGUCAGGUGCUCAGAGCCCACACAGCCUGACCUUGAGUGUCUCAUGUCACAGAGCAUCCACCGACUCUCUGGGCAGCCUGUGCCAGAGCCUCAUUGCCUUUAGUGUAAAAAACUUCCUUACAUCUGCCCUCUAUCUGCCCUCUUUUCGUUUCAAACCAUUUCCCUUUGUCCUAUCCCACAGACCCCACUAAAGAGUGUUCCCUUCUUUCUUACAGCCCCCUCAGAUACUGACAGGCCGCUCUCAGGUCUUCCUGCAGCCUUCCCUCCUCCAGGCUGAACAGCCCCAGCUCUCAGCCUGUCCUUGUAGGGGAGGCAUUCCAUUCUUUGAGUCAUUUUUUUCUGGCCCUUCUCUGGACACACUCCAACAGCUCCAUGUCUUUCCAUGAGGACUCCACAUCUGGACAGUACUCCAGGUGAGGUCUCCUAGCACAGAGCAGAGGAGCAGGAUCACCCCCCUUGCCCUGCUGGCCACACUGCACUUCACACAGCCCAGGAUACAGACGGCUCUCUGGGCUGUGAGGGCACAUUGCUGGCUCAUGUUCAGUUGACCACUCACCCGUGGUCUGACUGCCGUGACUUUUCAAAUAUCACGGAGAGACUUUACCUGUCCUUGGAGUUCCAGAGCUCUGAGCUUAUUGUGUAAGGGUACCUGGGGAGGCAAGGCAGGUAGGGAGAUGGUUUGCUUGUGACACUGAGCAGAGACCUGUUUCCAUCUGUCCUCAUCUCUUAGGUUUCCUCUCUCUUCCCAGCAGUGACCUACUUGGGGUGUAUAACCCCAGCGCCUUCUUCAGUGGUAUGGCAGGGAGUCUCUCCACCAGUCUAUCUCCUGCUCACACUCCUUGAUGCUCCUUAAUCUCUCCACCUCCUCCUUGAGCUCUGUCACCGUGCUGAGCAGUCCAUCCACCUUCUCACACCUCACACAGGUGGUAUCUCAGCCACCCUCCGGUGGCAGCAGCAAGCUCGGGCACUCCUUGCAGCCAGAAAUCUGGACAGCCACAUUUUUGGGCAGGCACUCGAUCUGGGUCACUGCAUUCGUUUUGGAGAGAGCUUUUUGCCUCAUGGAAGCCAUGGCUAGAUGUAUUCUCCAGGAGGCAGUCGCUGGGUAAGCCAGUCUCCCAAGUAGGGAGGGAUGCUCUGCCCCCCAGCUCACCCUGCAUGCAGGAACUGCCAUGCAAGCUGACAUGCCACACACACUGUUCACUGUGCUCCUGGGAGCUGUACCCCUUAAGGGUCACUUUUGUAAUUGGAGGGUGUGAUGCUGCUGCUCCAGGUCCCAUCCCCACCACAUCCAAGCUGCUGAAUCCAGCUCCUUGCCAUCACCCUGUGCAUGCAGCUUCUGGAACAGGUGCCAAAGAGUGGAUGGUUUGUUAUUCCUUACGCACACCAACCUGCCCUAUAAGAAGUGAGCCUUGCUAUUUCCGGAGUGGAAUCUGAUAGGAAUAAAGACACUGAUUGUCAGACCUGCCAGCUUCCCUACAGACAGCAUUUUGCUAUCCAUGCCCCAGGCAGGGCUGCAUUGGUGUCAGGUCCUGCGACAGAGCACUGUGCUGGAGCUGCAGCGUACUGCUGCACCUGGCCCAGCCUAUGGCACAGCCCUCUGAAGCAGCCGAGGCCUUUCCUCUCAGCUCCAACUGCCUGACUAUGAGGGAGGAGGGGACUGGCCCCAACACAGUGAGAGCCCAGUGCUGGGUCAGCCUGACAGCCACUGCCCCAAGCCUGUAGCAUUGCCUGGAGUUGUGGCCAAAUGCAGGACCCAGCACUUGUUCUUGUUGAACUUCAUCCCAUUGGCCCCAGCCCAGCGAUGCAUUCUGUCCUGGGCUUUCUUGCUCUCAGGCAGAUCAACACUUACACCAACCUGGUGUCAUCUGCCAACUUACUGAGGAUGCACUCAAUCCUCUCAUCCAGAUCAAAUUCCCUCAUCCAGAUCAAUUUAUUUAAGGUGCUACCUUCUGCUUUACCACAGAAGCAAAUUGCCAGCGAAUCGAAACAAAAAAGUGACAAACAUUCCAAAACUCUCUUUGCAAACUUCUGGCUUACUGGUAACAAACAGUUCCUUGCUGCUUUCAGGAGCCGUAUUAGCUCAGAAUGCUGUGCGCUGUCGUUCUGGAUCAGUUGGGUCAUGCAGCUUGUAAGCCCGGGUGAAAGAACUCCAACACGAAGGAGGAGAUUCAAGUCUUCACCGCAGCCCUUCCUUGGGCCCUGGUGCUGCAAUGGAUGGAGGCAGAAGGCAGCUCUCACACAGCAACGUGCUUUGAGUGAUAACAACAGAAUAGGAGCCCGACUGCCACGUUACGAAAUCUUGUUCACAAAUGGUUUAAAUGCGUUGGUGGACAUUUUGCACGAGGCUCCACUCUGGCCGCAAGACCUGAGCGACUGCGACCAACAUCACUUCCAGAAAGCACCUCUGUGUAGCACCCAACCGUGCUGGCUGCUUGCAGAGAGAAGAGGAGCACACUGCGGGCAGGCCCUGGGAAGCAGGCAGUGGCCGGGGGUGCAGGAAGGAGGGAGGGCUGUGCGGGAGCACCAAGCUGUGUGCUUUUGUUCACGAGUGCCAAGGAGUGCCGGAGCUCCCGCCGCCCCGCUUGCCUGCAGAGGGCUGCCGAGCACAACCGGGCCUCUCCUGAAACACUUCCCAAGCGCUGGGGCCUUCUGUGUGAGCGUAACCCAGAUGCAGCAAAUGAAGGCCGCAGCCCGGUGAAGGCGCUGGCAGGCAGCCCGGCCCUGGGCCGCUGACACGGCCUGCUGCCACAGCAUGAGACAAAGCGGAGCUGAGCCACGAGGCCUCACUGCGAGGCUCCAUGAGCUCGGCCCAAGCAGGCCUGCUGUGCUCCUUCACUCUGUUUUCACUUACUCCGUCUUUAAGUACCCUCCUGGAGGUUAAGUUUGCUGUGAGGAGCGAGAAGGCGUAGCUGGCACGAUGCCUCCUGGGCUCCAAACGUGAGGACCACGUUCAGUGCAAAUAUUUUCUCACCAAACCACUCGCUCCUGUCGCUGGGCUUGGCAAAACGUGGCAGCCAUCCUGCUGCUCUGCACCCCACCCCUGCUGCCCUUCCUGGGCUCAUCCUGGGCAGCGAGGAGGAGUCCCUGCUCGCUUACCGCUGCGGCACAGCAGCACUGGGAACAGGGCAGGAGAGGACGGACUGUGAGGAACUUCCCAAACUAUUGGAGCUUUGUCCUCCAAGAAAUGCAUCUGAGACUUUAAAAUCUCAUAAGAGAAACUGGUAAGUUUUUAUUGACCUCUGUAGGUUGGUCAGCGUUCAGGUUUCACGUACCCUGCCAGCCUGUGGUGACCCACGCUGAAGACAGAGCACUGCUGUCAGAACGAUGCUGAUGUCCAAUAAAGUUGCUUCCUCAUGUCAAGGUUCUGUGUGUGUGAGACUGUUUGCUGAAAUGAAGCAAAAGAAGAGUGUUUAAGCGGGAAAGCGCAGGUAUGGAGUGAUAAAUGCGAUCUGUGUUAGCUGUUCCAAAGUCCAUUCUUUAACUAAACCUUUCAGCUAAUUUGCUAUAUGAAAGGCCCUUUUAUCCCAGCCCCCUUUUGCAGUUUCAAUUGUUCAGUUCCUUGCCUUGGUUCAGAAACCAAGACAGCACAGUACGGUGUUCUGCGAGAUCUGACCGAUCAGUGUCAUAGGAUCUGGUGUCAGAUGGGGAACUCUGGAAGAGGCAUGCAGUCCCCACAAGCUCCCCUCCUGCUGAAGCCCAGUGAUCCCUGUUGUUUCAAGGUUGGUUUCAUGGACGGCUUCUUUGUAAACAUUUUUUUAAAGAGCAGAUAUGGUCAAAGGGAAAAAAAAAGAUAACUUGGUUUACCUUUACUAGUCCGGAAAUAACUCUGGGGACAAUGUGUAUAGCCACAUAGCACCGUAAGUAGAAAUAAGCUUAUGCACCACUUGCUGUAGAGGAAAUAUAUAGGAAGAAUGCUUCAAAGUGAUAAGAAGAACAUCUGGAAAGCUCAAGAAGUGGUAGCAAAGACAAC